UUCAUCUAUGGCUACAGAAUUGACGGAAACAAUCAAGAUUGAAUUCAUCUCAAAAUGCCUCGGGAUUGGCCACAUUCUCAGUGUAGACAAAUGCCUCGAGGUACACACGUUCUGAUCCUAUGAUGACAGAUUAGCUGGAACCAGGGCAUUCCGGCUUCUACCUUACCUUAGUUUGAAAGAAACUCGCCGUCCAGUCUAUUUCGUACCUCACGUUCAUCUUCCCAGUAUAAAAGUCCACUUGACUGCGCUACUGACGCUUUUCUCGCUUCGUUCGCUCGUUUGUGGCUGCUGAACAGCUGUCUCUGCGAUGACUGAGUCAUAUAUCAGUCCGUCAGACGUAGCGCAGUAUCACAGCUCGCAGGACAGAGUCCGAAAUUGGAUCACUGCUCACGCAGACCACGUCUUCACCUCGCCUAACAUUCCUCCCUCGGAACUUGAUGAUCAGGAUGCCUUAUCUUCGCCGCCGUCCGACGUAGAAAGCUCACAUUCUAUUCCGCCACGCUUGAAGCUGCGCUACCCGGACGGUAGAGAGUCGCCCAUACCUCAUACAACCAAUUCUUCUUCAAGUACUGGACGAAAUUCGCGUUCCAGGUCCAAUCCACAACCAAACUCGUCUCGUCAACGAUCGAAGUUAGCCACUGCGCCUUCAUCUUCCCCUAUACUAAUAUCUGAUCCCCGAAGAGAAAGGGAGAAAUUGAGGUCGCAUUCUCCUGAGGAGAUACAAAUUUUUCCUUCCGCUUCCGACGAAAUUCCGCCUGUGCCGUUGAGUUCGCAUCACUCACGCUCGCGUUCGCUACCUCGAGAUGCCUUUUCUCCUUCACGCAAUCAUGAUCCAAUGCCUAAUUCUUCCUAUGGGGCGACACCCGUCAUGCAGAUGCAGACGGAGAUGUCGCCUCCUGUCAUACCUUUGUUACAGUCCCCUGGUCCUUACGCAGGAUUUGCCCGGACGCAACCUGCUCCUGCUCCCUGGCACCCAUAUACAAAUGCAGUCAGGACAGGACCGAUGAUGCCUCCUUCUCGCGAGCACUUCAAGCAUAAUCCACCUUCUAUCGUUUAUGCCCCUUCCAAUAAUUCUCGUACAAACUAUCACCCUCCAGCCAUUCUUUCCUAUCGCCCUACGGCAGGCCCGAAUCGCAUCUUUUACAGUCACUCGGUACCUCCUGCCCAAGCUCAGAUAGCUAAUGCAGGUUACCCAUCGGUACAUGGCAGCUAUGCUCCACAGGAAGAAAGAGUCCACCACCAUAAGCGAUCGUCAGAGUUGCGGCAUUCUUCUUCACAUCAUAGAGACAGAAGUGUCGGUAGUGCGAAAAGUGGCAAAAGUAGUAAGAGUAAAGAUACCACGUCAAGAAGACAUGGACGUGAUCGAUCCCGCUCUUUACCUCUCGAGCAGGAAUAUCCACCCAAUCCACCCUCAGAACACUAUCGGCAUCCCCAUCAUCAUCGUCCGCGUCCCCCAUCCCCAACGGGCAGCCAUGGUUCGGGUAGUACAUAUUACGUUCUCCCAACUGCGAGGCAAAAGGUUCAUGUUCUGUAUUCUUUUUCAUUUUGGAUGUAUUAGCGUUCACCAGAUACGCUUUACACUGCAACUACCACGACACAAUCUCCUACGACUCCCAUUUCGCCCACUGGGAGUAUUAAAAAAC